AAUCUCCACCAAAGCCAUUGAGAUAAUUGUAUUAUAGAAAGUGGAUCUUGAAUAUGUUACAAAAUUGAGACCACAGAAUCGGCGGGGUACAUGAGGCCAAAAUUUCGCCACCGGUUGACAACCUGACGCUAUUGGUUCGGUAUACUCAAUGACUUGGCUUUGCGCCAACUCGUAGCAGUCUGAGAAUGCAGGCCCACACGCACACCCACAGCCCUACUUUUACAACUAAACCGCUUCUGCACCACCAGUGUACUUCAGUUUUACGACGUCAAGUUGGUCUUGUCUCUACCAAACUGCAUCGCCACGUCACCUCUAUUUCCCUUGCUUCUUAUUACCACCACCAGAAACAGAACCAGAAUGUUCCGGAAUCCAACUCAAUCUCCCGCCGCCAAGCGCUGCUCUCUCCUUUCGUUGCCGUCGGGGCAUCUAUUCUCCUCCAGUCAGCUGCAGCCGCCACGGCAGCUGGAGAUGAUACCAAAUCUGCGACUAUCACGCCAAGGGAUCGUCCAACGGUUGCGCCUGAGGAGGUUGUCACUGCGCGAAUAUACGACGCGACGGCGAUCGGAGAGCCGUUGGCCGUGGGCAAGGACAAGAAGAGUGUGUGGGAGAAGUUGAUGAACGCGAAAAUUGUGUAUUUAGGCGAAGCCGAGCAGGUUCCUGUAAAAGACGAUAGAGAACUGGAGCUUGAGAUUGUCAAGAAUUUGCGAAAACGCUGCCUUGAGAGUGAGCGAAAGAUUUCUUUGGCUCUUGAUAUGUUUCCCUGUGACUUGCAAGACCAACUCAAUCAAUACAUAGACAAGAGGAUAGAUGGAGAAACGUUAAAGUCUCAUGUGUCGCAUCGGCCACCUCAACGUUGGCAAGAGUAUGAGCCUCUGUUAAAUUUCUGUCGUGAUAAUGGGGUUCAUCUUGUUGCCUGUGGUACUCCACUCAAGGUUCUAAGGACUGUUCAAGCAGAAGGAAUUCGAGGGCUUUCGAAGGCGGAGCACAAAGUAUAUGUGCCUCCUGCUGGUUCCGGUUUUACUUCUAUCUUGCAUAGAUCAUCGGUCAAUGUGAACUUUUCAAAUCAGUUGGUUCCAUUUGGCCCGAGCUCAUAUCUAUCUGCACAAGCUAGAGUAGUUGAGGAGUAUAAUAUGUCUCAAAUAAUUUUGCAAACAGAGAUGGAUGGAGGUACCAAUGGUAUGCUAGUAGUGGUGACUGCAAGUCAUGUUGCAUAUGGAGCAAGGGGGACUGGGGUAUCAGCUAGAGUUUCAAGGAAGAUGCUAAAGAAAAAUCAAGUUGUUAUAUUACUUGAUCCUGAAAGGCAACACAUACGAAGAGAGGGAGAAGUUCCUCUCGCUGAUUUUUUGUGGUAUUGUGCUGCCAGACCAUGGAGCAGAAAUUGUUUUGAUCGUGCUGAAAUAGCUCGAGUAAUGAAUGCGGCUGGAAGGAGACGGGAUGCCCUUCCCCAGGACCUCCAAAAAGGCCUAGAUCUUGGUAUUAUAUCACCUUAGGUACUUCAGAGUUUCUUUGACCUAGAACAGUAUCCUCUUCUUUCAGAACUCACUCAUCGCUUUCAGGGUUUCAGAGAAAGAUUGUUAGCCGAUCCCAAAUUCUUGCAUAGAUUAGCAGUAGAAGAAGCCAUUUCGAUAACCACCACCCUUUUGGCUCAAUAUGAGAGACGUAAAGAGAAUUUUUUUGAAGAGCUUGACUAUGUUAUCACGGAUACUCUUAGGGGAAUAGUGGUUGACUUUUUCACUGUCUGGCUUCCUGCCCCAACUUUCUCAUUCCUUUCAUAUGCUGAUGAGAUUAAUGUGCCAGACAAUGUGGAUUCUUUAAAAGGUCUUCUUGGGUUCAUUCCAGAUAAUGCAUUUCAAAAGAAUCUUGCUGGUAAGGACUGGAAUGUCAGUCAUAGAGUUGCAUCAGUGCUUGUUGGUGGUUUGAAACUGGCAGGUGUGGGAUUUAUUUCCAGUUUUGGGGCUGUUGCUACCUCAAAUAUAUUGUAUCUGAUGCGCAAAUUCAUAAAUCCAUCAUUGGUUACUAAUCAACAAAACAAAAGGUCUCCAAUUUUUAACACUGCUGUUAUUUAUAGCUGUUUUCUUGGAACAUCUGCUAAUCUACGUUAUCAGAUAAUUGCUGGAAUAGUGGAGCAUCGAAUUUCUGAGGAAUUUUCUUCUCACACAUUAUUUGUAAAUAUGGUAUCAUUUAUUGUUCGGACAAUUAACAGCUAUUGGGGAACUCAGCAAUGGGUUGAUCUUGCACGCUUUUUGAGAAUACAAACUCGGAAGAGCGAAACCACUUACAGAGCACAGGAAUCUCCUAGUCCUGCUGCACUGGGAUGCAACAUUACAGGAGAGAGUAGUAUAGAUGAAAUCAAGAACCAGUGAGAGUCUAUCCCAAUUUGGGUUGUGGAAAGUUCAUCUAUUUUUGUCCUGUCAUUGUCAUGGACAUAGAAAGCUCCAGCAGCCCUUUACCUGAUGAGCGACUUCUCUUCUCUCUGAGCUACCACCAACUUGAAGGUGUUAUCCAGUUGAACCACAAAGUCACCAUUCAAGACAGAUAGGUUAAUUUGAUGAUCAACACAGACAACAUAAGGUGUGAUAUUGUUCAACUUGUGAAUGAUACUCUGAUGAAUGAAAGAGGUGUUGGGGUUGAUGGAAAGCAUUUCCCUUCAAGGAUAUCACUGCAAAUAACUCCAACUCUUCAGACGAGCAUAAUAAGUGUUUCAGUUAGCAAAUCUUCAGAUAAUCCAUCAAGGGAGAUUGGGCGAGAGAAACCAUUGAAGGUUCGUUUGAUCCACCCAACUCUUUCUUUGGGCUCAAGGUAUCCGCUGGAGAGACCAUGACGAUGAAUUUGAAGACUUGGAAAUUUGAACAAUACUGUGUAUGGCUAUAGUGCAAUUCUAAACUGGUUCCUUCAUGACAGCAGUGAUGGAAAAGAAGUAAUCUCCUCCAGGCCAUCCAAAUUUUCUUUGCUCAACCCUAAGGCCUGGUUCAAAGACAGAUACACCAGCGCUUACCGGCUGUUCACUAGGCAAGGGGGCGUAAUCUUUGCCGGAGAUGAAUAUGGAGAAAGAGUGUGGUGGAAGAUUGACAAAAAUGCUAUUGGAAGAACGAUGGAAUGGGAGAUUAGAGGGUGGAUUUGGUUACCUUACUUGCCUAACAAGCAUAGAACAUUUUAUGGUGAGACUAGGAGGUCGGAAUUUAGGGAGAUUCUGCACCUUAAAAUUGCUUAGCUUAUUAUCGAAUAUGAUUCUUAUAUACAAUAUUGAUGCAUGUAAAAGCAAUAAAAUUUGUGUCAACGUGAAAUUUUCUGAA